CUCUUCUCACAUACGGAGGAGAGGAGGACAGUGAAGAAGAGGAGACAGAGAGAAGGAGGAGACAGAGAGGAGGAGAGGGGAAAGCGCAGAGAGUAAGAGAGAAAUCCGGGGAGAAAUGCCCGCUGGACGGAUGGAUUUUAUUUUCCCCGAGCUGCACGAGCCUCUGUAAGACACCAUGGGCUGCAUAGGAUCCCGGACGAUCACAGUGGAUGCGGUGCCGGUACAGAAAGAUGGGGAUCAGCAUGGCCGUGCCGAGUUUUCCUGGGAAGGAAUCAAUUUGUCCAUGGAGGACACUACUUCCAUUCUGCCUCGUCUCAAGAGGAAGCCCGCCAACUCCUAUGGGAUCGGUGCCCUGGCUAAGUCCUCUCUGACAGGUGUGUCAGGUGUGAGUCGCUCCAUGAAGGACAAAGUGACCAAGCCCACUGCCAUGGCCCAGGGUCGCGUUGCGCACAUGAUCGAGUGGCAGAGCUGGGGCAAACCAUCUGCGGGGCCUCUGGGGGCCGCGGGACAUACCAACCUGCAGAGGGAAAAGGAGAGGAGGAUGGAGAACGACGCCUACAGCGACCUUAGUGAUGGCGAGAAGGAGGCUCGCUUUGCUGCAGGCAUCAUGCAGCAGUUUGCGAUCUCUGAGGCGACUCUGUUCGGCUGGAACUCGAUGGACGGGGAGAGUAUGGGAGCUGGCUCCAACCAGGGCAGCGUCGCUCACCUCAGUGAGGUCAACCAGGAGAGCAUCACCAGCAGAGACCAGGUGCUCCACCACUCCUCUGCGGAUGUGUGGCCUCACACCUACGUCUCACAGGGCCUGUACUGCCUGUCGUCCUCAGAUGCCUGGGACCCAAUCACCAGCCAGCCCUCGGGCGUGGCCUCACCUGCUGCAGGCUCCUACAUCAUGGCUACUGGUGGCAGCAGUGGAGCUGGGGGUACACCUGGUGAGGCGUAUGAGGGGACAGUAGGCGGUUACCUUCAGCAGCACCAGACUCAUUUCACCCUGCAGCAGCACAACCAACUCCAACAGCUCCAACAUAUUCACCACUACCAGCAGCAACAGCUUCUGCAGUACCAACAACAGUCUAUGGAGCACAGGCCACAUAGUGCCUCCCAUUCCCUCCAAGCCACUCCCAACAGCACCAUCCACAGUCUCGGUCCUCCCACCCACCCUCGGCUAGCUGACCUGUGGGGAGCUGCGCAGGUCAAAGCACACCACGUGGAGAUCGUUGGGCAGCUGAGUGGACAGAUGGCUGAAAUGGUCGGAGGGGUGGUGGAGACAGUCGGAGAGGAGCCAGAGCCUGAGUCUGAAGGAAUCCCUGAGCAGCAUGAAGAAGAAGAAGAAGAGGAGGAGCUGACAAAGGUAGAAGAGGUAACAUUAACCUUGGAGCCGGAGCCAUGCUCUUUGACCCCGUCCCCGCUGAGGGAAGACGCCCCCUCAACCAGAGGCUCAAGCCCAGGACUGCCAGCCCAGAUGGCCGAAUCUGUCGCGCAGAGGAUCCCGUUCGACGUCACACCCUGCGUUGUCCAAUUGCUGGAGGAGAAGGACGAAGAGGCGGAGGAGGGCUCCAUUGUUGUUGUCGCGACCAACUGAAUCAUAGGGCCAGAAGAAACUGACAAAAGCAGAAAAUAAAUACUUCAAUAAUCAAUCAAGCUAUUCUAUCCCAACCCCGACCCCCUCCACCUCCCAACUAUUUACCCACUUUGAGUCCGAGGAAAUGCAAGAAGACUUUUUCCAGAUGAAAACGUGGGAUGUAAUGUACACAAACUAAAUGCCAAGAAGCCCCCCUAAGUUACUGGAAAUGUGGAAUAUUACGUAUGUGACAAUGAACACAUAAAAUUUAAGGCAGAGAAGAGACUUCAAUUCAGUGACUGCUGAAACAAGCUGUGUGAGGAUAAGAUGGAUUCACAAAAUAUUUGGACCAAUCGGACAAAAGAACCAGGACUGCAAGCCGAACAGUUGGCAACGGAUGGAUGUGAAAUUCUCUAAAAAAGAAAAGAAAAGAAGAAGGUAGGAGAAGAGGAGGAAAGAAAGAGCCUAGUUAAAAAUUCAGUGCAAUACAACAAACAUGGACACAACAACAAUUGGGUCAAACUGUAUUUGCAAAUAAUUCUGAGUGGUUGGUUCACUCCAGAAGUGUCACAUCCUAAAAACCAGAAGAUGUACCUGGUCAUAGAGAACUGCUUGAUUUGCUAGUUAAUGUAUUUUGCUUUGAUCGACAGCUUGUCUGAGCCCUAGUUGAGAUGUUCUGAUGAGGUAAACCCAGUCCAAUCUGAUACUCAGAGUGACCUGUGGCACACACUCGGAGUCAUUUGCAAACACAUGAUCUGGACACAACCAAAAGAAAGUGCAUGCUUUUUAACAGUGACCUAGCCCUAACAGUAUAACACAGUAUACAAAGUAAUAAUAUAUCAAAUUGCUUUUUAUAAUAAAAGAAAAAAUCCAAUAAACCGAUAUGUAUUUGUAUGAAUGUAAGACUGUAUGUAUGUUUGUAUGAAUGUAGCUUUGUUUGUGUGUAAAAAAAUAUAUAUAUAUUCUGGGAAACAGAUUCUUAUUGAUGUUCUGUUCCACCAUGUGUUGCAAAAGUACACACACAUACAUAUGCACACACAUUUGUACUUACAGUCUUGUGAUGACCUUCACUAAGAUAAUGUAUUGCCUGGCCCCUAACAUACCUAACCAAACCUUAAUACUAAGCUUAACCCCAAAAACAGCCUUUUUAAGAGGUGAGGGUCAGACAAAAGCGUCCUCAAACUCAAGGUCACACAUUGGUCCGUCACAAAGAUAAAAAUAUAAGAGCACACGCGAACAGUAUGCUUGUUGGGAUACUGCACUCCUCAGCCCAUCCCCCAACCAUCUACUGUACCAGAGGGGUUACUAACUGGUGGCUAUUCAUAAGACAAGUGGAACCAGGUAGACAGUGAUGGUGGUUGGGAAAACUGAGCAGGCCAUGGCAUUCAGAUGAAAUUGCCUAUCAAGCCACUGUAAUUUAAACUAAGCAUAAAAUAAAGAUAUAAGACCGGG